GUAUCAAGGCUAUCUUGAACACUUCAUAAUGAAACUGGGCACUUAUGGCAGAAGCUAUUAUGUUAGAUUUUAUGUGUACCUUUGCUUGUCUAUUCCAUGUUUUUUUCUUCUGCCAACAAUUUUUGGUGGAGCAUGUGUUAUGACAGGCUCAUUGGUCUAUUUAAAAGCUGCUCUGUCUGGAUUUGAAUGGCAACCUUUCCCUAGAUCAAGUGAACGUAGCAUUGCAGUCCGUGAUGUAAAGCCUGAUUACAGUCAGAUUUGUAUGAUGAAAGAGACUGUUUGUUAGCUUAAUUUGAUCACAUGUUUGAUGUUUACAUGCUUUAAAUUAAGUUCAACAUUAUGCAAAUUUAGAUAUAUGUUUUGGAAUAUUUUUCUAUAUCCUUCAAUAUCAAUAUAAUUUUUUUUUCAAUAUCCUUCCAUCCCUAAUAUAGUUAUUUAUUUUGAAUUGCUAAUUUAGAUGUGUUAUGUUUUUGUUUACAUGUUUAAAGAAGAAGUAAAAGUAACGGCCUAAAGAAUAGAUGAUUUUUAAUUUUUUAUGGUGUAAUUUAAACUAAAAUUUAACAAUGGAAGAUUUAAAUGACUCUAAUUUUUUUUUUCUUUUAAAAGAUUUUUGCAUUGACCUACAUUAUGAAUGCAUUAACUGAAAACCCAUAAUUGGUGGGAAAGAUACACAUUUAAUUUUUUUUAAAAGCCUCAAAAUGAAAAAUGUUUUUUUUUUAUGUAUAAAAUGUUAUGAAACUAAA